CUCAACUAAACGUCAAAUUUGUUGCUUCCACUCCGUGAAAAGUGUACAAUUUUCCUGAAAAUCACGUGGAUAUCAUUGGAAAUUUGUCAUAAAUCCUGUGAAUAAAGACUGCGAGUGAAGUUUUGCCCAAUCAACAGCGAUGGGAAGGAGGAGGAAUUUGAGCAAAGAUGUGAAACGAGGCGUUCAAAAAACUAACCAGAAAAGUCCAUUGACAACAUCACCAAACAAUAAGAAAUUGUCUCGAAUGAAUGCACGCAAAAAGCACAGAAAUAAUCCCUUCAAGUGGACCAGAGGACAGACAAUGCACAAGGUGUUGAAGGAUUCAGCGACACGGACGAAUAUUCCGGUGAAUCAAUUCUCCGCUCAGAGCCUGGGAGACAACGUAAUCCUGCCAAUUCGCGGAGGAAGCGACCUAAGUAAGAAUCCCAACAAGAAUCUGACCUGCAGAUUCCCAGGAUGCGGUCGAAGCAAGCAAAAAGAGCAAUCAAUUCUGUUGUUUGAGUUUCCCGAAGAUUCCUCCCAGAAAGCGAUCUGGAUGAAGCAUUGCAGCAAUCCUCCGCUGUGGAGGAGGAAUUUCCUGUGCGACAAGCACUUCUAUGCCAAGGACUUGUUGCGUCUGAGGAACAAGACGGCGCUCUCGAAGACAGCCGUGCCGAAAAGCGCCGUCAAUUGCCUGUGCGAUGAGAGCGGAAUCAGAGGAAGUUGUGAAGAUCUUCUGGCCACGCCGGAGGACUUGGGCGAAUGCUCUGCGCAGCAGAAGUUGCUGGAGAGAAUGACUCUGUCCGGCGAUUAUAUUCCUCUGGACAACAGCACAGUUCAGUCUGCAGUUUCUCAGCCCAAAGACGGUCCGUCGACGACGGCGGCGCCGAGUCAGGACCCUAAUUGUGAUGAAUCUCUGGCUUUUCUCGCGCCCGCCGGGAAGACAAGCGUCGCAGAGUCGCACAAGCCACCCAAGAAGGAGGAAAAGGAGGAGGGAUUGUGCGAUUCCACGACGCAGGACGAUGAGGAUGAAGUGCAGGAGAUCAGUGAGGAUUCCCUGGACUGCAGCGAUGUGGUGAUGGUGUCGAGUUACUUGAAUGCAACGGCCAGGAAGGAUGAAAGCGUGCAGAACAUCCCGUCGGACGAUGAUGUGAUAGAAGUUCCAUCGACCGACGCUUCAGUGAUCAUUAUCGAGGAUGACAGCUUUGCCAAUUCGUCUGCAGUUCCAUCGCCAGCCAGGAAGAGGCUGAGAAAGUCCGCCAAGACGCCAGAGAAGCCGCAGAUCAGCGCGAAGGGCAAAAGGCCCAGAUUUGUCGUCAUUGACGGCAGCAAUGUGGCUUUUCAUCACUCCGUGCUGAAGAAAGUCUUUUCCGUGGAGGGCCUGAAAAUUGCCAUUGAGCACUUUGAGAAGAAGGGACACGAAGUCGUGGCCGUGGUUCCGCUGUUUCGUGUCAAGCCGCGCUUCUGCACGAACUCCAAACUCCUCAAUGAGCUCAAUCUCCAGGGGAAAGUCAUCUUCAGUCCCUCCAAGAACAUCGACGGCCACUGCCUUUCCACCUACGAUGACAUGCUGAUUAUGCAGGUGGCGGAGAAGAAUCGCGGCGCCGUGAUCUCCAAUGACAACUACGCUGACAUCCUGGGCCGGAACGAGGCCUGGGAUUGCAUCAUAAGGUCCAGAGUUGUGGGCUUCACGUGGUUCAAGGACCAAUUCUUCCUGCCAAUGGAUCCCUACGGUCGCGACGGUCCCAAAAUCAACGAUAUUCUGUACUACUAA